GAGGUCUCUUCUCCGCCUCCUUCGCCGCAGCCGGCUGUGGCGGCUGCUGGUUCUCGGAAGGCCGCCACCGCCGGGAAAACCCCUGUUGGAGGCUAUGUUCCUGUAAAUCAGAGAAGGGAGGUUGGUGAGAAUGUCGGCGCUCAACUGGAAGCCGUUUGUGUACGGGGGGCUGGCCUCCAUCACGGCCGAGUGCGGUACAUUUCCGAUCGAUUUAACCAAGACACGUCUCCAGAUUCAAGGCCAGACACAUGACGCAAAGCUUAAAGAAAUGAGGUAUCGCGGAAUGUUGCACGCGUUAGUGAGGAUAGGCAGAGAAGAAGGGCUGAAAGCACUGUAUUCGGGAAUUGCCCCUGCAAUGUUGCGCCAGGCUUCUUAUGGCACAAUCAAGAUAGGCACUUACCAGAGCUUGAAGCGAUUAUUUGUUGAACGGCCAGAAGAUGAAACCCUCCUGAUAAAUGUUGUGUGUGGAAUUCUCUCUGGAGUCAUAUCCUCAGCCAUUGCCAAUCCAACUGAUGUUUUGAAAAUACGGAUGCAAGCACAGAGCAGCACCAUUCAGGGAGGAAUGAUAGGCAACUUCGUGAACAUCUACCAGCAAGAGGGAACAAGAGGGCUGUGGAAGGGUGUGUCCCUUACCGCUCAGAGGGCUGCUAUUGUUGUUGGCGUGGAGCUACCUGUCUAUGACAUCACCAAAAAGCAUCUGAUUCUCUCUGGCCUGAUGGGAGACACUGUAUAUACCCACUUCCUCUCAAGUUUCACCUGUGGUCUGGCGGGAGCCCUGGCUUCAAACCCUGUCGAUGUUGUGAGAACCCGCAUGAUGAACCAGAGAGUCCUCCGAGACGGCAGUCGUUCCGGCCCCACAGGUACCCUGGAUUGCUUAUUACAGUGUUCUAGUGGAUUGCUUCAAUCAAUGAACCCUUCCCCCCAAAUAGAUAGAUCUGACCUAAGAGUGUCUAAAUCGGGAGACCUUUGAAAACUAAGAUGAGGGGCACUGUCAAGCCUUGAGAUGCCACACUGGGCUUCACUUUUAUAACUACGAACUCUCGGUGAAUAUUUAGAAAUGAAGGUUCAUUUUCUUUAUACCUGUACUGUGCUCUGAAGAGGGAUGAAAUUGGCACUGUGAUCUUAGUAGAACUGCGUCGCCUUCCAAAAUCCACCUCCUUCCUGUGGAGUCACACUGGAAUGAGUAUCCUUCAUUCUGAUCCCUCUCUCAAAGGAACUCAUUGAUCUUACUGGAAUUCUCAGCUUGAAUAAGUGGGGCUACUAUUCCUGAGUGGGUGAAAGCUCGUGGCUGUCUUCCCACUAGAUUGGUAGCAGCCAGUGGUUAGGGACCACUUUUGUGGUUCCAGUUUCCAGACUUCAAAUAUCUGCUUAAUGAAGCAAAGAUACUUGCUAUUUUUGUCCAUCCAGCAUCUUAUAAAAUCAUGGUGCUCCCUAUGAAAUCUUUACCACCAUUGCUUCUUUCAGACCUAUUUAUGAGCCCAAAUGGCAUGGAAGUUGGAAUCAAGCCUGAUUUUAUAUUUGUUCAACCACUGUUCAUCUACUCUGCAUGCCGUUGUUUGGCAUGGAGCCUUAGUCUUCCAUCUGUGCAGAAGCUUUAAAAAACAAAAAAGAAACAGAGGCUAGUGAUUUCUUAGACAGUCC